CGUCAAUCCAGAUCUUCUGACAGAAGUCACGUUUGGGUCACAUUUGGAGUAUCCUGAUGGAUCAGUGCCCAUGUUUGCCAAGACCAGUAAUGGAAGGAUGUCCCCAGUACGAGCCAGAACCAUGAAGGAAUACGACCAGCAAAUUGCAGUCCUGAAGAAGGAGAACUUCAGUCUGAAGCUAAGAAUUUAUUUCCUGGAGGAGAGGAUGCAGCAGAAAUUUGGAGAUGGGGAGGAUGUGUUUAAGACUAAUAUCGAGCUGAAGGUCGAGUGCGAGAGCCUGAAGCGAGAACUGGCCGACAAACACAACUUGUUGAAGAAAGCCUCGAAUGCUAUGGAAAAUCUGUCAAGUAACCACCAAUCAGAGAUGGCAAAGAUACAGGCACAAGUAGAAAGAGAUUUCAAAGACUCUAACAAUGGGCUGGCAUAUCAACUUGACUCUGCUCAAAAGGCCCAUUUUGAAGCAGAAGAGGCUCUUCAGGACAGCAAGGACAAGAUACAGGAAUUACAGGGGCAACUUGACAAGAUGGCCACAGAGGUCAAAGAGGUGCAACAAAAGGGAGAUGACUAUGUGAAG